GACCAAAUUUAAGUAGUUGAAUGGAAAUGUGGAACUCCAUGAAUAAUAACCGAUGACCAGAAAAGUUCACCGCCGCCAAAAACGAUUAAAUUACUCCUAACCCGUCCGAUCAACCCAUGUAAAAGAAUCCAACCGCUAGCCUUUAACCCGUAACUCACCCCAACCCGACCCAUCAUCCCCCGCGGAAUUUCCAGCUAAUUAAAUAACGUCCACCGUUGACACGUCUUGUUCAAGUUCGCAGCAAAAUCAGAGAUUUCGGAGAACAUCUCGCUCAUCGCCUCUCCGUCUCCAUCUCUCACAGCUCGUAAAGCUCUCUGCAACUCCACGAGGUAAAAGAAAUCAGGCCCGGCCCAGAUCCUGUGCUGGUCUGAUCUACAGCACAGGGCCUCAAAAUGUUUGGGGCCUCAGCUUGGCCCAUACACUAAUACAUAUAUAUUAAAAAAAAAUUAACCUGAGAAAACGAAUCGGCAGAGGCCCUCACCCAGCCUGCUCCUCCAGGCUCCAGCCUCCUUAUUCCCUUCUCUUUCUCAAAUCUCAUAAAUCGUAAUCUCCCCUUCCCCAAAUUUCCUUUCCCCAAAUUGCUUACCUUCCCAAAUUUCCCUUCCCCAGAUUUCUCACCUUCCCAAAAGUAAACAACGAUCUCUAAAUCGAUGUUUGUCUUUAUUUCUUCAUAAUCAACUCAAUCCUUCCCCCUAAAAUACUCAGCCAAGAAGGUGAAGCAAAGCAUCCGCCCAAAUUGGCAGAUUCUUCCUUCGAUUUUCAUUCCACCGACGAAAUCAAUCUCUUACUCCGACUUUACCGCUCCGGCACUCCGCGGUCCCGCUAGGCGCUCGCCUUCUUCCCCUGUUUCCGACUUGGCGACUUUCGUCUCUCCGUCGUGGUUCGGUAAUUGAUAAGAAUUUUGUUGACAUGUCUUGUCUUUUGUUUAUUCCUUGUAUGCUGUCUACUGGAUUUUGGAGACUCUGUUCUUCUGUUCUUCAUACUCUGCUUCUGUUGCUGAUUGGAGAUGGCCGAAUGGAGCCAUGGAGUUGGAGAAGCAAUGGGGCCGCCAGGCAGGGGCGAAAUUGGAAUGGGCUGGCCUAAAUUGGAAUGGGUUGCCUAAUUUUGUUUUGGGCUGAGUGAUUUCUAACCAAUUUUAUGUUUUUACAAGAGAUUUUGCUUGGAAAUUUGGCUUAGUUGAUUGUUGAGUUGUGCAUGGAAAAAAAUUUAGGGCCACAUUUUUAUUUUCGAACAGGGCCUCCGAAUAUUAUGGGCCGGCCCUGAAAGAAAUCCUGCUCUCGAUCUUGUUUCGUCUGUCUUAUUUCGCACUGUGAUCUGCUCUACCGGCUGGCUUCGCUGGUUCUGUUCCCGGUGGUUUGACGCCGUCCUGUUUUGAAUUUUCGAUGCCUCUGUAGUUCUGGGGGAGCUAUGAACUGGAUUCAACGGAAGAUCUAUCUCUACAAUGUCACCUUCGGGCUAUUCAUGUUGGAUUGGUGGGAACGUUGCCUUUUCAGUAUCCUUAUGAUAAGUAGGGAUCUGCUUUUCCUUCUUUUGCCUCUUUUGCAUUCGCAGAGAUUUUGUGUUCUAGAUUUUUCCCAGGAGCUGUUUGUAGUCUACUGUAUAUGAACAAGAGAUAUGUGGAUUUCAAACUUGGGACUAGUUCUGAAUCAAAUUUACUGAUGGGGUUGAAGGGGUUUUUGGCAAAAUCUCCUGUUUGUGUGUUUUUGCUGCAUUUUCUUGUUUGGGUUCCUGAACUUGGCAGAUACGCUGAUGCUCGUGUUGAUCUGGUUCAUUGUUCGGUACAUUACUGACUUCUGCAGCAGGUAACUUCUGUUCUCGAUAUUGGACAAUUUGAAUGUUGAUUGCAUCAAUGCUUUCCAAUUUCUGUGUGACUGUGGAAUGCUUGUUUAUGUUGAGUUAUUGACAAAUGAAUGGUAGGUAGCUUGGUACCCACAAUCUCUACAUGUUGGUACCCAUCAACAAUUGAUUUGCUGAUGCAGAUUGGAGAAGAACGCCCAUAUGAGCAUAGAUGGAGCGAGGUCGCCACCCUCCUGCACUCGCCGUCGUCGAAGAUCUUAGCAGCUGCUAGCAGGAGAAAAAAGGAGAAAUGGAGAAGUCGACGACGACGCCGCCUGGAGAAAAAAGGAAGAACGAAGGUUGCUGGUCGUAGAGAGGAAGAUGAAGAAAGCAACCGAUUAGGGGUAAGGUUUUGAAAAAAUGAAACAAAAAUGAGGGAUUUGAAAAUAGUUGAUGGUAAUCAGCUAUUUUAAAAAUUCUCAUUUGAGGGUUUUCAAAAUUCCUAAUUAAUUGUAAAAACCUUCAUACUUUCCAAACGCAGAAAUGUACAAAAUUCUGCAUAAUGAGAGAUUGUGAUUAGGGCGAUACUUGGCUGCUGUCUGGGUUGCAGCCCAUGGCUGCCACCUAUUGACGUGGCACCAUAUCAUUGGUUCAAUGGAUAUUAUUAAACUUAUUUGGAUUAGGAAAGGACGGAAACCGGACGGAAACUAUUUCUUUUCUUGGACGGACGGAGAGCAGCCCAAACGGUGCUGCCUCUUUACAUUUUUUUAUUAUACUUUUUAUAUAUUUUUUAUUAAUUGAAAAGGAGAUAAUAAUAUUAAACACACAGAGUGCACUAGUACUUGUUUUCCAGCUUAACUAAUAUUGAGAGGAGUGAUAUAAUAUACUAGUACUUGUUUUCCAGCUUAACUAAUAUUGAGAGGAGUGAUAUAAUAUGCGGAGCAAGGUUGUCAAACCGGUUUAUACCGUUGUACCGGUUUGGCAAGUGGAAUGGUACGACCAGUGGUAUAACCUGUUUGUGCCGGUUCAUGCCGGUCUAAAAAAAUGUGAAAAUAAUUAAUAUUCAAUGUAUUUAAUCAUAUAUAAAAUAUAUUUGUGGACAAUUUAGUUAUAAUCCAACAAAUAUCAUCAACUUUUAACUAUUACAUUCAUAAAAUGAAUAAUAAGUCAUUAUUUUUAUUCAUUAAAUUCAUUAAAAUGAUGUCAUUUUCUUAGAAUUCGUAAGUCGAUCAUACCGAUCAUACCGGUGGUGUCAUGCCGGUUUCAUGACCGGCACAGGUUGAACCAGGUUCAACCGGGUGGCAUGCCACCGGCAUGACAACCAUGAUGCGGAGUGAAUCAUAUCUUAACAAUUGGUUGAUUUUAGGUGAUGAACAAUGAUCAAUUUCCAAAAUCAAUUAUUAGUUCAGUGGGAGAAAACUUGGAAUCUACACCCUUUGUAUAAGCAAUAUAUCAUUCUGUUACAAAUAUAAAUUCAAUUUUAUUAUUUAUUAAUUAAGAUGGAAAACAAGUACUAUUGCACCUCUGUGCAUAGUUAGUAAAAUACGGUACGAGAAAGUUAUGUAUAAAAUAUGUACGAGUACUUUACUCUGUCUCUAUGUUAAUGUUACGUUUAAUAGUAAGUUAAAAGUCAUAAAUAUAUAAAAUUAUUUAUUUUUAAAAUAAAUAAAUUUAUAAAUAAUAAUAAAGUUAAUAAUUUAAUUCAUUAAAUACGGAUAUUAAGCGUAUUAUAUGGGUUUUAUACGUGUUUAAUACGGGAGCUAUCAAAUGAACGAACAAAAAAGAAACGGCUUGACAAUAAUACGGAUACGAAACUUUUAAAUGAAUAAAGUACGUAUGG